AUGUCCAUAUUCAAGCGCAAGCAAAAACGGUCUUCCGCCGACGAACCUUCGCUGCUCGACGACGACCUUCCCACUGUCGCGUCGGCGAGUCAACCACAAGCAGCUGCAGGCACAACGCCCAAGAAGAACUUCCUCAGCACUUGGAGCGGCAAGUCGUCCUCGCAAGCGGCCAGCACACAAACGUCUGCGUCAACACUACCGUCCCCGCUGCAGCCGACCUUACUCAGCUCCCCGCGCAUCUCGACCUCCUCCAGCACCAGUAUCUUUGAGCGCAGUGUCGAUAAUCUAGCGGGCGUUGGACCUCCACCCACUGCAUCCUCUGCACUUUCUUCGCCGCUCUCACCAACAAGUCUUGCUAAUUCGGGCGUCUUUGGACAUCAUACAGACGGCGUGACACAAGUCCCCGCGGCACAUCAGCAGCUUGUGAUUGAACAGCAGAUACCAGCCGUUCUGGAUGCGAGUGUCGAGGCGAUUGUGAGUGAUACAAACUUGGACCAGGUUGAAGUUGUUACAGCGCAGCGAGCGACACCGGGUCUAACGACACACUCGAGCGCCUCUUCACCGCCCCUCACAGCAGACACAAGUAUCAGUGCAGCGAGACAUGCGGCAAGCCCAGGUACAGCAUCUCCAGUACAAUUGCCGAAUCCUUGGUCAGAGGAAGAGAAUCCCUUAACUGAACCUGAGGCAGAUCAAAUGCGCCGACUCUCCUUCGUCAGCUAUGCAGAUCUCGUUCAUGUUGAACAGAGCGAGCAAGCAGCUCAAUCUCGAUCAGCGUCCCUUGUAGGACCUGCUGCUCAUCGGCCCAUUUCACCUUCUCCACUCGGUGCCACGGCGCCUGCGUCUGCGGAUAGUACACAAGAUCCCCUGACGCAGUCGCUGGGGAAGUUGUCUGUUGCUAGAGACGCAACGUCUAGCUUAGACGCAUCUGCGCUGAGACCUGCAACAGCGUCGUCUAGCAUGUUGCUACCGCAAAAUCGUCCUCGUCAGCGUUCUAUUGUCACUCUUGGCACAGACCCCAUACAGCCGAGCAUGAAGAUCUGCACUUCGACCAUGAGUGAUGAGUUGCUCAAACCGGUGGUCGUCUCCACUGCCCUUGACAAUGAGAAUCCUUGGGCCGUGUAA